AUGACUGAGAAAGACGCCGCGGUAAUGCACCUGGAAAACCAACCUGGUAAUGGAAUAUCCGCCGAAGAUGCUGAAUUCUUGACCAAUUUCCCUGAUGAAGCUAAGAAGAAAGUCAUCAAAAAGAUGAGACUCGUUCCUAUGUUUGUUCUCCUGUAUUUGGUGGCAUAUAUCGACAAGACGAACAUUGGAAAUGCUAAAAUCGAGGGCCUUCUUCCAAGUCUUCAUAUGAGCGGUAUACAGUACAACAUCGCUUUGUCUAUUUUCUUCAUACCCUAUGUUCUUGCUGAGGUUCCAAGCAAUAUUAUUUUGAAUCGUCUCAAAAGACCAUCACGAUAUUUGGGACUCUUGAUUUUCUGCUGGGGUGUCAUUAUGUUGUGCACGGGUUUCGUUCAAAACUUUGCUGGCUUGGUGGUGAUUCGCUUCCUAUUGGGCCUUUUUGAAGCAGGGUUCUUACCCGGAGCUGUGCUCGUGAUUUCAAAAUGGUACCUUCCGAACGAGACACAGACCCGAAUCGCGAUUCUCUAUACUUCUGCGGCAUCUGGUGGGGCUUUCUCUGGUCUUCUCGCAUUUGCUAUUGCCAAAAUGGAUGGCACAGCAGGAUACGAAGGCUGGCGCUGGAUCUUCAUCAUAGAGGGCCUUGCCACGGUUGUGAUGGCUGUCGCAUGCUACUUACUGCUCUUAGACUCUCCCUCGCUAUCUCCAGGAUGGCUAAGCUCGGACGAAAUCCGAUACCUUGAAGCUCGCCAACAAGCUUCCAAUGGACACAGUGCCCAUGAAGGCUUUAACAAGCGUAUACUAUGGAAUGUGUUUACCGACUGGAAGAUUUAUCUUCUCAUUCUGGCGAACUGGUCUAACGCCGUGCCAAAUUACGCUCUCAAAUUCAACAUGCCAGACGUGAUUAAAUCCAUGGGAUACGAAUCAGCCAAUGCACAGCUUUUGACUAUUCCCCCUUAUGCUGUCGGUGCUAUAUCGGCUUAUAUGUUUUCUGUAUUUGCUGAUCGGUCUUCCUGGAGGAUGCCCUUCAUCUUGAUACCUCAGUGUGCGCUGAUUGUUGCAUUUGGUAUCCUGUUUUCCAAAGCGGCCGAUAUAGAUGACAAUAUAGCAUUGUGCUAUUUCUGUCUCUGUCUCGCUUGCUUCGGAAUGUACCCGAUUCUCCCCGGUGUCAACGCUUGGAAUGUUUGCAACAUCCCAAAUCCACACAAGCGCGCUGUCGCCAUCGGCUAUCUCAUCUGCUUCGGUAAUGCGGGAGGUAUAGUGGGAAGCUUUAUUUACAAAGCUGACGAGCGCCCGCAAUAUCCUACUGGCUAUGGCACCUCACUUGCAUUCACCGCUACUGGGAUUUUGGCUGCUCUUGUGUUGGAGUAUUCUCUAUGGAAUGCAAACAAGAGGAAUGCAUCGAUGACAACAUCUGAGAUUGAAGAGAAAUAUACCGAAGAUCAGCUUCGGGAUAUGGAGGAAAGGAGUCCUUUGUUUAAAUACACUUUAUGA